CAUUAUUGAGACAUAUCAUAAGUUUAAAACGAUUGAUCAGUUCAACAAAGCCACUGAAACGAGCUAGCUCGCGACCUUGUCAAACUCAACAAUGCUUACCUCAACCUCGACUCGUAGUAAACGAGUCGAGUAUCGAACGAGAUUUUCUCGAACCGAACAUCGAGCCGCUCGUGAACAACUCAGCUCAUUCGCAAAUCGCGGCCCUACUGAUGGCCCCUAGACAUCUAUAGUCUACUUAUGAUAUAUAAUCAAAUGACACAUAAUUGUAAUUAUAAUUUAACGUGUGUGUUGUAGCUCUAGCUUAAUUAGGACCACACAUCGUGGAGAUUAUAAUGAUCUCUUAGCUAGGCUAUCUAGGUCUGUUGUGUAGAUAAUGUAUUAAAUAACCAUCUCGUUUCAUUAUUACUACGCACCUAGCUUAUCAUUAUUACCAUUUUGGUAGUACGUAAUCAAAAACCAUGAUCAAUGGUGAAGUCAAGACUUGAAGGGAGUGUUAGAAAUCAGAAAAACCCUUUUGUCAGAGGAUAAAUCAGUAGGCUGUAUUUAGCGGUAUGAAGUGGUUGAACCAUGGUUAAACCACGAUUUUAGCAUAAAAUAUCCUAUCGCUAACUUUUUCUGGUACAACCUCCGAUACGAUAUUUCAAUCCUGCUUGGAACUGAUACUUUAUCGUUAUGCCACUUUUCUUACCGUAUGAUCUAUAUUUACUAAGAAAGAACACUAGCUAGCUAGAUUGUUUCAUUGCUUCUAAUUAUUUGUCUACUCUCACUUAGCUGCGAUAGCGAUAAGUCGAUCGACUGAAGCAAGAAAACCUUCGUCUCUUUCUGUGAUGGGAAAUCGCGCAAAUAUUGUAAAGGGGGAAUGGUCCAAAUUUCUAAAGGGUUAAUAUGUAUAUGUACGUAAACCACCAAGCAUGCAUGUGACGAUGUUUAUUAUUACUACGCACACUGUCGAAAUAUGUAAAUAAUAAUAAAUUGGCUGUUUGGAAAUGAAACCAUUAAUCGACUCUUUUCUCGGACCACACCCACAUCACAUUAUUGUAGUACUCCUCGAUCCUUAUAUUACUGUUUCUGUCUGUCAAGAACCAGUUGGUCCCAAUAACUCGAGUUGUUGGGAGAAUGUUAUGCUCGAUCUUAUACCAUUCUCUAACACGCCUCCUCAAACGAAACUCAACCCAUUGCUUGAAGUUUGCACAGGCCCACAAUACCAUGUGCUUUAAUCAACGGUUAAUAUCGGGGGUCGUGGAGAUUCGAACACACGACCACUUGACCAAAUCAGCUCUGAUACAAUAUCAUAAACCAGUUGCUCGAUCUUAUACCAUUCUCUAACAUCGUCGACAACCUACAUAAGUCUUCUCUUAUGCACCAUCUCUUCGAUUUGAUGACUCUUAGUACGUACCAAGUUGUGUUAUUAUUUCCUAGCUUAGCUAGCUAGGUUUUUUGUGGUUGUCUUGCAUUUAUACAUCUUACCUAAAAGUAGGCGACGAGUGAUGGGGAUUUUAUGUAAGCUAGGUUGCUGGUGUUAUUUGUUCUAAGUAUCAAUCAUCAUUAGUUGAUGUUAAUCAUUCUUAUUCCAAACGAUCCAUAAUAUAAUGAUAGUAGUGGCGUUGUUUUGCUCAGUGUGGUUAGCGGUUAGCCACUACUCGACGAAUGAUUGGUUAUAGUGGUUAACUGAUAAUUAUUAGCAUAAUUUUCAUUCUGGACUAUAUAUAUGCUGUUAGUGGUACUGGUGACCAGUUAAUUAGUUAUCAAAAUAUUUAUCGAUCGUUAAUUGAUAAGUGUGAUUAAUUAGCUGUCUUAACUGGUCAUAUGGGCUGGAGCUUUUAAUCGGUGAGAUUGGAGUUCUUCAAAUCACAUUCGAUACAGACAGCUAGUUAGGCUACACACAUUUUGAGUCUUGAGUACUUGUUCUGUGUGUUCCACCACAAUUUGGCUAUGGUGCUAACAGUAUGUUCAGUCGGUUCACAUGUUCAAACGGGAAAAGAUAUUGAUGGAACAAAGUGGACCACGAUUUUUCUAACGGUCUGGUCUAUUUUCUCAGCCCUACUAAUACCGAUACAUCAAUAUAAUUCUAGACAACCGAACUCGUGAUCAAUUGGUCAUGAAUUCUUGCACUGUUAUUGUCACUUGUUCUUCUUAUCCUUCGUCGUCAUCUUCUUCAUCAUCUUUCAAAUGCAGACAUUCUAGUUAGUACGAAAAUCAUUGGAAAAUCCGAAAGAAAUGGUCUGUCCCGUGGGCAACAACGUCAACAUGAUCCUACAAAUCGGCAACUAACUUAGACGCCAAAACAUGUUGUGACGAGCCUCGUUUCCCCUAAGCUGGGAAUCUACGCAGGCAAUUACGAACUAAUUAAGAAACAACAUAACACCUCAUUGUCCUAUGAUAUCGAGCUAAGCUUUAAAGCCAUCUAAUUAAUCUCGUUUUCUUCAUGAUUAACCACAAAACGAAAACUAACCGACUUGUUUGAGCUAUAUAUAUUUACUAUAUUUCGGCGAAGGAACCAAAACAAGAAAGUCGAUCAAUAUAUGAUUUGUCACGAGUUUCUUUCAAGACAACUUCAAUUGCGAAACUUACACGAUAUAAAACAAGAACACAAUGUUAAUCGCGGAUGGAACAAAGGGACCUAGAGAUAAGAAUAUGCUUUAGUUUGUGACUAGAACAAGAGGGCCGGGGGAAAAUGGUAGCUAGCUUAGCUAGAAGGAACUAGGGUGUGUCAUGGGUUGGUUUGUAACAUAAUCGAUUCAAAGUUGAUAUUUGGAUCUGUUCAAGUCGUAUUGAAUAUAAAACAAUCCGGGUUUUCAUUCUUAUGGAUAUUAAUUAUGAAUAACUCAAAAGACAAAUUAUCUAUAUCAUCGACUAAAAGUCAUGGUGUACGGACUUAUACACAGUGGGGCGGACCCAAUAAUUUUACAUAGAGGUGUCAUUUUAAAAAAAAAAUUAAAUAAAAAAAAUCGUAAAUAAGAAUAUAUCUUACUCAUACAG